AUGGGCAAGGGACAAUCAAAACCAAAUGCAUCGACAGUUCCAAAAGGUGCAGAAGGUCGUCGAUGUAUCAAUAUCCAACAGGCACAAAAUGUUCUUCUAAUUUGGUUGGAUAGUAACAUUGCCGAAACAAAUGAUGAUUGUCAAAAUACAAUCACAAAACUGCGAUGUAUUGUGAAUGAUAUUAAUACAUUUAUAGAUGGCGAUCAAUGUCUUGAGUUCAUUCAAACAAUCGUCGACAAAAAGGUAUGUAUGAUUAUAUCUGGAUCACUUGGACAACAUAUUGUACCUCGCGUGCACAAUAUGUCUCAAGUUGAUUCAAUAUUUAUUUUUUGUGGCAAUAAGAAAUAUCAUGAACAAUGGACUAAAGAUUGGCCCAAAAUAAAGGAUGUCUUCACAGAUAUUACACCCAUAUGUGAAGCACUCAAGGAAGCUGUUCAUCAAUGUGAGCAGAAUGCUAUUCCCAUGAGUUUCAUGGGAACAAAUAAAAAGUUGGAUCAAUUAGAUCCUUCUUUUAUGUAUACUCAAAUCAUCAAAGAAAUCAUUUUCACCAUCAAAUUUAACCAAAAGCACAUCCAAGAUUAUCUUAAUUACUGCCGUGAUGCUUUUGCCAAUAAUGAAGAAGAAAUGGUUAACAUUAAACGAUUAGAAAGUCAAUACUACAACAAAACACCAAUUUAUUGGUACACCUGUCAAAUGUUCUUGUAUCCGAUGCUGAAUCGUGCAUUACGAUUGAUGGAUGGUGAUAUCAUUACACAUAUGGGCUUCUUCAUCGGUGAUUUGCAUCGACAGAUUGAACAACUGCACAAGGAACAAUAUGCUAGUACAACUGCUGCUAACACUUUCACCGUUUAUCGUGGUCAAGGUUUAUCUGCAGGAGAUUUUGAACAAAUGAGCAAAACUAAAGGUGGUCUUAUUUCAUUCAAUAAUUUCUUAUCUACCAGCACGGUUCGCAAUAUUUCACUAUGUUUUGCUCAAAAUGCUGCAAGAAAUCCAGAUCAAGUGGGUGUACUUUUUAUUAUGAAAGUUAAUCCUGCUCAAUCAACAAUACCAUUUGCUUCCAUUGCUGGUAUUAGUAAAUUCCAAAAGGAAGAGGAAGUCUUAUUUUCCAUGCAUAGCAUUUUUCGUAUCCAGGACAUUAAACAGAUGGGUGGAAAUAAUCGUUUAUAUGAAGUUAAUUUGACACUGACUGCUGAUAAUGAUCCAGAACUAAGCAGACUUACUGAUUAUAUUCGAAAAGAGAGUUAUCCAGAUUCUGGAGGAUGGUACAGACUGGGUUUGGUACUAUGGAAAAUGGGUCAAUUUGACAAAGCUGAAGAUAUCUAUCAAGUUUUACUUCAUCAAACCGAAGAUGAUAAGAACAAGGCAUAUAUUUAUGUUCAUCUUGGUAUGAUCAAAGAUGAACAAGGAAAAUAUGAAGAAGCACUUACACUGUAUAAAAAAUCACUUGCUAUGUAUCAAAAAACUCUUCCUCCAAAUCAUCUUAAUUUGGCUUCUUCCUACAACAACAUUGGUAAUGUGCAUUAUAUCAUGGGUAAUUAUCCAAAAGCACUUUCAUCUCAUGAAAAAGCCAUUGAAAUUCGACAACAAUCACUUCCUUCCAAUCAUCCUGAUUUGGCUAAAUCCUAUGGUAACAUUGGUUUAGUGUAUGCCGAUAUGGGUAAUUAUCCGAAAGCACUUUCAUCUCACGAAAAAGCCCUUGAAAUUCACCAACAAUAUCUUCCUUCCAAUCAUCCUGAUUUGGCUAAGUCCUACAACAACAUUGGUUUAGUGCAUUACAACAUGGGUGAUUAUCCGAAAGCACUUCCAUCUCAUGGAAAAGCUCUUGAAAUUCGACAACAGUCACUUCCUCCCAAUCAUCCUGAGUUGGCUAAGUCCUACAACAACAUUGGUUUAGUGCAUUACAACAUGGGUGAUUAUCCGAAAGCACUUUCAUCUCAUGAAAAAGCUCUUGAAAUUCGACAACAAUCACUUCUUCCCAAUCAUCCUGAGUUGGCUAUGUCCUUUGGACACAUGGGUAAUGUGUACAGCAAAAUGGGACAACAUUCUAAAGCGCUUUCAUUCUGUCAGCGUGCUGUAGAUAUUGCACAUCAAUCACUACCAUCAGACCACUCGCAUCUGCAAUGGUAUAGAAACAAUCUGGAAGACGUGAAAAAGAAACUAUAA